GAGGCAGCUGGCGGCCGGGCUCGGCGCCGCACAGCCAACCAGCGCCGGCGGGGGGGCGGCCGGGGGCGCAGCCGCAUCACGCGGCGCCGUCACAGCGCCCGCACCGGCCGCAGAGCAGCUCGGCCGCGGAGCACGCGGGGCCGCCAGGGAGGUGUCCUCUGCCUUCGUUGGAGCUCCUGCCACUGCUGGGAGUGACCAACUGAGGCUGCAGAGAUGGCCGGGGCCUCGGUGAAGGUGGCGGUGCGUGUCCGCCCCUUCAACUCCCGGGAGAUGAGCCGUGACUCCAAGUGCAUCAUCCAGAUGUCGGGAAGCACCACAACCAUUGUCAACCCCAAGCAGCCCAAGGAGACACCCAAGAGCUUCAGCUUCGACUACUCCUACUGGUCACACACCUCGCCCGAGGACAUCAACUAUGCCUCACAGAAGCAGGUGUACCGCGACAUUGGGGAGGAGAUGCUGCAGCACGCCUUCGAGGGCUACAACGUGUGCAUCUUUGCCUAUGGGCAGACGGGUGCCGGCAAGUCCUACACCAUGAUGGGCAAGCAGGAGAAGGACCAGCAGGGCAUCAUCCCCCAGCUCUGUGAAGACCUCUUCUCUCGGAUCAACGACACAACCAACGACAACAUGUCCUACUCAGUGGAGGUCAGCUACAUGGAGAUCUACUGUGAGCGUGUCCGCGACCUCCUGAACCCCAAAAACAAGGGCAACCUGCGUGUGAGGGAGCACCCCUUGCUGGGGCCCUAUGUGGAAGACCUCUCUAAGCUGGCUGUCACCUCCUACAAUGACAUCCAGGACCUCAUGGACUCAGGGAACAAGGCCAGGACUGUGGCGGCCACAAACAUGAACGAGACCAGCAGCCGCUCUCACGCCGUCUUCAACAUCAUCUUCACCCAGAAGCGUCACGAUGCGGAGACCAAUAUCACCACGGAGAAGGUGAGCAAGAUCAGCCUGGUGGACCUGGCCGGGAGCGAGCGGGCUGACUCCACUGGUGCCAAGGGCACACGCCUCAAGGAAGGCGCCAAUAUCAACAAGUCCUUGACCACACUCGGCAAGGUCAUCUCUGCCCUGGCAGAAAUGGACUCUGGACCCAACAAGAACAAAAAGAAGAAGAAAACAGACUUCAUUCCCUACCGAGACUCGGUGCUGACCUGGCUCCUCCGUGAAAACCUGGGUGGCAACUCGAGGACAGCGAUGGUAGCUGCCCUGAGUCCUGCGGAUAUCAACUAUGAUGAGACCCUCAGUACACUGAGGUACGCUGACCGGGCCAAGCAGAUCCGUUGUAAUGCCGUCAUCAAUGAAGACCCCAACAACAAGCUGAUCCGAGAGCUGAAGGAUGAGGUGACCCGGCUUCGAGACUUGCUGUACGCCCAGGGUCUUGGUGACAUCACGGACACCAACACUGUGCCCGGAGGACCCAAAUACUCGUCCGACCUUGAGAACAAUAACCGUAACCGUAUCGAGGCCAUCCUGAGUCCAGCCCCUGACCCUCUCUCCACAGUGACCAACGCGCUGGUGGGCAUGAGCCCCUCGUCUUCGCUCUCCGCCCUGUCUAGCCGCGCGGCCUCCGUGUCCAGCCUGCACGAGCGCAUCUUGUUUGCCCCAGGCAGUGAGGAGGCCAUUGAGAGGCUGAAGGAAACAGAGAAGAUCAUUGCCGAGCUCAAUGAGACCUGGGAGGAGAAGCUGCGGCGGACGGAAGCCAUCCGGAUGGAGCGGGAAGCCCUGCUGGCUGAGAUGGGUGUGGCCAUGCGGGAGGAUGGUGGCACCCUGGGAGUGUUCUCUCCCAAAAAGACACCGCACCUUGUCAACCUGAAUGAGGAUCCACUGAUGUCCGAAUGCCUCCUCUACUACAUCAAGGAUGGGAUCACCAGAGUGGGCAGGGAGGAUGCCGAGAGGCGGCAAGACAUCGUCCUGAGCGGGCACUUCAUCAAGGAGGAGCACUGUGUCUUCCGGAGUGAUAUGCGGGGCGGCAGUGAAGCUGUGGUGACACUGGAGCCCUGCGAGGGUGCAGAUACAUACGUCAAUGGCAAGAAAGUGACAGAGCCCAGCAUCCUACGGUCAGGAAACCGCAUCAUCAUGGGCAAGAGCCAUGUCUUCCGGUUCAACCACCCCGAGCAGGCCCGGCAGGAGCGCGAGCGCACACCCUGUGCAGAGACACCUGCAGAGCCUGUGGACUGGGCCUUCGCACAGCGUGAGCUGCUGGAGAAACAGGGCAUCGACAUGAAGCAGGAGAUGGAGCAGAGGCUCCAGGAGCUGGAGGACCAGUACCGCCGGGAGCGGGAAGAAGCCACUUACCUGCUGGAGCAGCAGAGGCUGGACUAUGAGAGCAAGCUGGAGGCGCUACAGAAGCAGAUGGAGUCCAGGUACUACCCAGAGGUGGCCGAGGAGGAGGAAGAGGAACUGGAGGAUGAAGUCCAGUGGACAGAGAGGGAGUGUGAGCUGGCACUCUGGGCCUUUCGUAAGUGGAAGUGGUACCAGUUCACAUCACUGCGGGACCUGCUGUGGGGCAAUGCCAUCUUCCUCAAGGAGGCCAACGCCAUCAGUGUAGAGCUGAAAAAGAAGGUCCAGUUCCAGUUUGUCCUCCUCACGGACACCCUCUACUCCCCCCUGCCACCGGAUCUGCUGCCCCCAGAGGCUGCCAAAGACCGAGAGACACGUCCCUUCCCCCGCACCAUCGUGGCUGUGGAAGUGCAGGACCAAAAGAAUGGGGCCACCCACUACUGGACACUGGAAAAGCUCAGGCAGCGCCUGGACCUGAUGCGGGAGAUGUACGACAGGGCCGCAGAGGUGCCUUCCAGCGUUGUUGAGGACUGUGACAAUGUAGUGACUGGCGGGGAUCCUUUCUACGACCGCUUCCCCUGGUUCCGACUGGUGGGCAGUUCAGUCAUCUCUGGCUGCAACAGCUACCCUCUUCUCAACACAUGCAUGAGCGAGCGCAUGGCUGCUCUCACCCCCUCCCCCACCUUCUCGAGCCCCGACUCCGACGCCACCGAGCCUGCCGAGGAGCAGAGCGUGGGGGAGGAGGAGGAGGAGGAGGAGGAGGAGGAGGAGGAGGAGGAGGACCUGGAGGACGACGUCUUUCCGGAGCGCGCGCUGUGCAACGGCCGGGACCCGUUUUACGACCGGUCCCCCCUGUUCAGUGUAGUAGGAAGGGCCUUCGUGUACCUGAGUAACCUGCUGUACCCCGUGCCCCUGGUACACCGCGUGGCCAUCGUGAGUGAGAAAGGCGAGGUGAAGGGCUUCCUGCGUGUGGCCGUGCAGGCCAUCUCAGCUGACGAGGAAGCCCCUGAUUAUGGCUCUGGUGUCCGCCAGUCAGGAACUGCUAAGAUCUCAUUCGAUGACCAGCAUUUUGAAAAGUUCCAGUCGGAGUCCUGCCCCGUGGUAGGAAUGUCCCGCUCAGGGACCUCCCAGGAGGAGCUGCGCAUCGUGGAAGGCCAGGGCCAGGGCGCAGAUGCAGGGCCCUCAGCCGAUGAGGUCAACAACAACACUUGCUCCGCAGUGUCCCCAGACGGCCUCCUCCUGGAUAGCCCUGAGAAAGCUGUCUUAGACGGGCCCCUGGAUGCCACCCUGGACCACCUCCGCCUGGGCAGCACCUUCACCUUCCGCGUGACCGUCCUGCAGGCGUCCAGCAUCUCUGCUGAAUAUGCUGACAUCUUCUGCCAAUUCAACUUCAUCCAUCGGCACGAUGAGGCUUUCUCCACGGAGCCCCUGAAGAACACAGGCAGGGGUCCCCCACUUGGCUUCUACCACGUCCAGAACAUUGCAGUGGAGGUGACCAAGUCCUUCAUAGAGUACAUCAAGAGCCAGCCCAUUGUGUUCGAGGUCUUUGGCCACUACCAGCAGCACCCCUUCCCACCCCUCUGCAAGGAUGUGCUCAGUCCUCUGAGGCCUUCCCGCCGCCACUUCCCUCGGGUCAUGCCACUGUCCAAGCCAGUGCCUGCCACUAAGCUCAGCACACUGACGAGGCCCUGCCCUGGGCCCUGCCACUGCAAAUAUGACCUGCUGGUCUACUUCGAGAUCUGUGAACUGGAGGCCAAUGGCGACUACAUCCCAGCCGUGGUGGACCAUCGUGGGGGCAUGCCCUGCAUGGGGACCUUCCUCCUGCACCAGGGCAUCCAGAGACGGAUAACCGUGACGCUGGUGCAUGAGACAGGCAGCCACAUCCGCUGGAAGGAAGUGCGGGAGCUGGUUGUGGGUCGCAUUCGAAACACUCCCGAAACUGACGAGUCCCUGAUCGACCCCAACAUCUUGUCUCUCAACAUCCUCUCCUCCGGCUACAUCCACCCAGCCCAGGAUGACCGGCAGUUUCUUGAUUCGGACAUACCUAGCGUGUCCUUCGGAAUUGACACUAGGACUUUCUACCAGUUCGAAGCCGCCUGGGACAGCUCCAUGCACAACUCACUGCUGCUGAACCGUGUCACCCCAUACCGGGAAAAGAUCUACAUGACCCUGUCUGCCUACAUUGAGAUGGAGAACUGCACGCAGCCAGCGGUUGUAACCAAGGACUUCUGCAUGGUCUUCUACUCCCGUGAUGCCAAGCUGCCAGCCUCGCGCUCCAUACGCAACCUGUUUGGCAGUGGCAGCCUGCGGGCUGCAGAGGGCAACCGCGUAACAGGCGUGUAUGAGCUCAGCCUGUGCCACGUGGCUGAUGCAGGGAGCCCAGGAAUGCAGCGCCGGCGCCGGCGGGUGCUGGACACAUCUGUGGCCUAUGUCCGUGGCGAAGAGAAUCUGGCCGGCUGGCGACCCCGCAGCGACAGCCUGAUCCUGGACCACCAGUGGGAGCUGGAGAAGCUGAGCCUUCUGCAGGAGGUGGAGAAGACCCGGCACUACCUGCUUCUGCGGGAGAAGCUGGAAACCACCCAGCGGCCCGGGCCUGAGGCGCUGUCCCCCGUGUCCAGUGAGGACUCCGAAUCCCGCAGCUCCUCCGGUGCCUCUUCCCCGCUGUCAGCUGAGGGCCGCCCUUCCCCUCUGGAUGUUCCCAGCGAGAGGCAGCGGGAGCUGGCCGUCAAGUGCCUGCGUCUUCUCACCCACACGUUCAACAGGGAGUACACACACAGCCACGUGUGCAUCAGCGCCAGUGAGAGCAAGCUCUCAGAGAUGUCUGUCACCCUGCUGCGGGACCCAUCCAUGUCCCCGCUGGGAGCAGCCACACUUACCCCAUCCUCCACCUGCCCCUCUCUGGUUGAAGGGCGCUACGGUGCCGCCGAUGCAAGGACCCCACAGCCCUGCUCCCGGCCCUCCAGCCCAGAGCCUGAGCUGAUGCCCGAGGCUGACUCCAAGAAGCUCCCUUCUCCUGUUCGGGUGGCAGAGGCUGACAAGGAGCCCCAGCGUCUGCUGGUCCCCGACAUCCAAGAGAUUCGCGUCAGCCCGAUCGUGUCCAAGAAGGGUUACCUGCACUUUCUGGAGCCGCACACUGCCGGCUGGGCCAAGCGCUUUGUGGUGGUGCGGCGUCCCUAUGCCUACAUGUACAGCAGCGACAAGGACCCUGUGGAGAGGUUCGUGCUCAACCUCUCCACAGCCCAGGUGGAGUACAGUGAGGACCAGCAGGCCAUGCUCAAGACGCCCAACACAUUUGCUGUGUGCACAGAGCACCGUGGCAUCCUGCUGCAGGCCAGCAGCGACAAGGACAUGCACGACUGGCUGUAUGCAUUCAACCCGCUGCUGGCGGGAACCAUACGGUCCAAGCUGUCCAGGAGGAGGUCUGCACAGAUGCGGGUCUGAGCCCGAGCCCUCUGGGCUGCCAACAACCCGGCCCUCCCCAUCCUCAGUCCAUCUGUCAUCAUCUGCCACCUGGUCCUUCCCCACCAGAGGGCGCCCCGCUGGGCCCAGCGACCCCUCUGGCUGACUGCUCACUGGAGGCAGCAGUGGCUCCCUGUGGUGCUGCCUUGUCUUCUUCCAGGACCGCCCAGUGGAGCCAGUUGGGACUACGGAAAGGCCAGAGGGCACCGACCGGGAGUCACUGCUGCUCUCCUAUUUUUUUAAGCAUAGACAGACUUAUAAUUAAUAUGCGCUAGUUAGUGACGUUCAGACAGUUCCCCAAGAAUUAACUAUCAGACUGUGUACUAUUUAUAAGUAUUUAUUUCUAAUGCCUCGUAGCCCUGUGAGAUCCGACUGUCCCUACCCUAUCCCAUGUGCUCACCAGCCUGCCAGGUGGAAUGGGGCGCCCCUGCCAGGCCAGGCUCCCGAGAGCAGGACGGAGGCACAUAGGAUGUGUGAGUGCCCAAGCAGGCGGGGCAGCUGAGGAGGACCUGGAGAGACCAGGCCUGGGGAGGUCCCAGGCAGGGUCCCCCUGCAGGUAUCCAAGCCUGGUGGGCCAGGUGCUGGGGCUGGUCAAGGGCUGUGGGAUACAGUGGCAUUCUGGGUGCGAGUCCCAGCUUCUCUGGCUACGUGAGGAGGAGAAGGAUGCUGCAGGGCCUGAGAAGGAAUCAUGUUCCUCACAGAUGCCUUCUCUGUCUGGGGUCCUCCCGAGAACUCCAGGAGGUGUGUCCUGCCAGGGCACCCAAAUGCUGGCUGUCAUCAUCACAGGGCUCUUCCUUCUGCAACUGGGGUCAUUUGCAAACAGGAACCAAGCAGGCCACAUGCACAGGGUGGGGGUAGCAGCAGAUGGGCUGUCCCCGAGAGUCCCAGACGGGACAUGCAGACGCUCACGAGCCUGUGCUCUGCGGCCGGAUGUGGCAUGGCGCCUCUCCUGGGGGUAGGAUAGGACUGUGGCCUCUGCUGCACACUCACUAGGAGGGCUCCCCAGAUUGUACUAAAGGCAGCACCCAGGCCCUGCAGCCUGGGCUCUGGGAGUGGGGAGCUCAGUUUCCAGACCUGGGCUGCCCUCCCUGGCCCCCAGGACCCAUGAGGCCAGGAUGCACCGCUGAGUUAGAAUUGAUGUGACCCAGGUGGCCGUGCUGCCCACUGUGAGCUGUAGGGGCAGUGGGCUGAGAGAGGUAGCAACAGUGACCAGCAUGAAUUCCCACACUGGCACCGUGAUCACCUUCAGGCAGGGAGGAGAAAUGGGGUUCCCAGGCAGGAACAGGGUCCAAGGCCUCUGUGCCUGCACAGGCCAGCCAGCCUGCAGCUACUGUGGAGGUCUGGGCCCAGCCAGCUUGCGGUGCCUGAGGCCAGCCAGCCUGCAGAGCACCGCAGCCAGGGAGGAAGGGGCCCCAAGUAGUGGAGCUAGGGAUGGUCUGUUCAGGCCUAAAGAGAGGGCUUCUGGUGCUCUCUGCUCUGUGGGAGGUCCAGGUCGGGGCUGGGAACCCAGAGCCGAUGGCAACAGGUCCAACCACCUGGUCCUGCUGAGGAGAUUGCCCCACCUGUUAGGACAGUGAGGCAGCUGCUGCUCCCCCGGGCCCGGGUUCCAGGCCUGUGAUGAAGGCUGGAGUCACGUAGAGCAGAGGGCUGUAUGCCCUGGCUGUGGGUACUGUUUCCUGCUAAGUCAGAGUGAGGAAGCUAGCUCCAGGAAAGCGCUUUUCCCAGGCCUUCGAUUCCGAUGCCUAGUGCUCCCCAGGCCUGUGGUGGGCAGCGUUCUCACGGAAGGGUGAGAAGCCAGGACCCGCUCAGAGUUGGGCUUAACAGCCGCACACCCCACACACCAGAUGGCUAUAGUGAUGGCCUUCCCCACCAGCCCUGGUCCCUGGAGGCCCUGGCACCUCAGGGUCCCUGGAUGUGGCUGGUAUGAGGGGCUCACAUGCUGAUCCUCUGCCAGCCACACCCCAAGUGGGGACCCCAGAAGAGGCUGCACAGCCCCCCAGAUGGACAGGCAAUGGCUGGCCAGCUCACUCCUGGGCCUGGGCCUCCCAUAGCUCAUCCAUCCCACAGGCCCCUGCGGAGAGGCCUCACCCCGGCUUGUACAUAUGUGAUUGUGGUGGGCGCGCCAGACCUGUGUUGUAACACCUCCCUGUAAACGAUCCAGUACCCGAUGUCUUACACCGAGUGUUAGCUGUAAGCUCCUGUUCCCCUUGUGCACUCAACGCUCUGUCCAUGAAGAAAUAAACGUGGCUGUUAUGCAGCACAUA